UCAAGAGAUCCAGUGCCACAGAGUCAACCCAUUGUGUGCACAAAGGCACAUCCUACUACCGAAACUGUUCAUGGAAAUCAGUCUUGUGUGUGAGAAGGGCUGAGUGCAAACUUUAUACGUGCCUAAGGAAGGCUCUUUGGAAUAGGCCCUCUGGCCCCGCGACUGAAGGUGUGGGCGAGAGUGUAGAGGGAUUUCCUGUAAUGCGUCAUUCAAAUCAAAGGACCCACCCUAGCUACAGAUUAUUAUUCAGUUUGAGUUUGCGAAGGCUUUUAUGUUGUUUCCUAUACCAUCGCCAGCAGACAGUACUUGGCGCAGACAUGGUGUUGCAUAGUUUUGUAUGUUUUUUUUUUUUAAAGUUUAACUGCUUUGAGAAGGCACUACGUUUUUGGCUACAUUUUUGUUUAGGAUAUGGAGAGAUUGGAGAGGAAAGAACCUCUUGCAGGUGUGAGAGUGAGUAGUGAAUGUUUGUCUUUGUGUUGUGUUUAAACCAGGAACAGGAGGAGUGAUUGGGGCAUCUUCAGAUGUUGAGGAGAGUCUACUUCUGUCUUUCCCACCUUUGGAGAAUUGGGCUCUGAGAUGAGUCUAUUAAAAGGAGACAUAGUGCAAUAGGGUUGCUAGGAUCCUAAGGCAGACAGCCACCUCAGUAGGAAGACAGUGCGGAAGAAAUGAGUAACUUAUGAAACGGGAUGAAAUUAAAAUUUACAUCUCCCUCUUUGGGACCCUGAUGAGAGAUGUAUGGUCACUGCUAGAAGAUGCAGGAUUUCACACAGACUAUGACUAAUAAUUCUAAUGAGUGCACCAUUAAUCACAGCAUACACCAGACUUUAUCCCCCACUAUAUACAUACUUGUCUUUGUAGUAGGUCUCCCAGCUAACUGCCUCUCGCUGUACUAUGGGUACCUACAGAUCAGGGCCAAAAACGAACUGGGGAUCUAUCUGUGCAAUUUGACUAUAGCAGACUUGUUCUACAUCUUCUCUUUGCCUUUCUGGCUCCAGUACGUUUUGCAGCAUGACAACUGGACCUACGACGAAAAUCUGUGCAAAAUCUGUGGCAUACUCCUGUAUGAGAACAUCUACAUCAGUGUGGGCUUCCUCUGCUGCAUCUCCAUUGACCGCUAUCUAGCAGUGGUACAUCCUUUUCGUUUCUAUCAGUUUCGGACAAUAAAGGCUGCUGUGGUAGUGAGCAUCAUAAUCUGGGGCAAGGAAAUUCUGAUGAGCUGGUUUGUCUUUAAGCAUGCUGAUAUUACUAAGGAUGCAGACAGUCAUAUGAUAUGCUUUGAACAUUAUCCCAUCAAAGAUUGGGAGCACAAUACCAAUUACUACCGCUUCUUUGCUGGUUUCCUUUUCCCCUUCUUCCUACUGCUCUUUUCUUACUGUGGCAUUUUACGAGUUGUCCGCAAGAGCCAUGGUACUCAAAAGAAGACAAAAAUCCAAAUUAAACGUCUGGUUUCAAGCACAGUUCUCAUUUUCUUGGUUUGCUUUGGACCAUACCACAUCCUGUUGGUAAUUCGCAGCUUAUUUGAGAACAACUGCAAGUUUGCAGAGAAAAUCUUUAAUAUUUACCACUUUUCUCUCUUGUUGACUAGUUUUAACUGUGUUGCUGACCCAGUAUUGUACUGCUUUUCCAAUGAGACCACCUACCAGAAUUUUGUCAAAAUGAGAGACUCUGGUUUAACAUGCCUAAGAUGUUUAAGGACUAAACCCCAGGUAUCCUACCAGCUGAAAACUCCAGAAACCCUCAGAAAAAGCAACAGUGUACCAGCAGUUGAAGAGCCAGAGUUAUUAAACAAACUACAUACUGUUAAUGAAAUGAAAGAUUCUUCCAUCGCCAGUAUAGACAGACUUUAGCACCCAUUAGAAAGGUAGACUGAUCUAAAGUUUCCAGGUCUAAGUUUGGGCUUCAGUCUUUGGUUUAUAAAUGUAUUGCAACUGCUUUACAUUCUAAAGAGCUUAAUAACUCAUCAGUACUGUAAGCAGAGCUGAGUUGAUACUCUUUCCACAGGGGGAAUUCCUUAGUUCCCUUGAGUAACCUGGGUCUUGACAUAGGGCAGGGAAAAUAUACACCAGGUCAGUUUAGCUCAGGUCACAUGUAUAUAUUACUGACUCAGUAUAGCGCUAGUCAUGGGGAAACUGCUUUUCUGAUGACUGGACUGGCUGAAAUAAGAUGUUAGUGGUGUGAAUUUUCCAUAAUGGUCUUUAAUUGUUGAUUGUUUGUCCAUGUAUUGACUAUAUGAGAAAGCUGUCAAACUCUGCGAUCACCUUGCUGAAAAGGUGGAAGAUGGAACAAAUUAUGUAAAAUGAAGUGAUAAACAUUUCCCAAAAGAACAUUUUUUUGUGUAUGUGUAUGAUUUCUGUAACUUUGUCCCAAUCAUCCUCACGCCAUGCAACAACCAGUGAGCAGGGAAUGCAAAGACACAGCCAAACUAAAAAAGCAAAGAAACAAGCCAACAAAAUCAUGAGGGAUAUAUUAGAAGAGAAUUCACAAUGAAGCUUUUUUCCAUAACUGAUAGUUUAGUUAAUGUCUGUUGGGUCUUGAGCCACUGCUCUUUGGGCUUGGUCCAGUGCCACUGAUUCUCACUGACUUCAGUGGACACUCGAUCUGGAACUUAGUAGGCAAUUUAUUUAUUCCAUGGACUUCAAAGGAAGCAUUAGUUUGGGGGCACAGAUAGAGUUGACACCACAUGCCAGUGCACUGAUUCACAGUAUUUGAGGAUACACAUUCAUUUAAAUCCAUACUCCGCUAACCAGUUUAAAAUUUGAAUUGUUGUGUUUUUCCAUGUUUCUGGUGUUUUG